AUGACCUUGUCAUCUUGCUCGAUACUGGUUCUCGGAGGCGUUGGCUUUGUUGGCCGUCAUUUCGUUCACUACAUUGUUCAAAACAGCCUUGCAAAGCAUGUCUGCGUCGUUGACAAGGUGCUACCACAAACCGCCUACUUGUCUCCAGCACAUCAAGCGUCGUUUGACAAGGUGGAAUUCCGUCAGGGAAACUUGAUCAAUCCAGACUCGGUUGCCAAGUGCUUUACCAAGAGCGACGGUGGUGAAUAUGAUUUCGUGUUUAACUUUGCUGCAGAGACCAAGUACUCGCAAGCACCCGAGGUGUAUCAAGAGAGAAUCUAUCAAUUGUCUGUCAAUUGCGCAAAGGAAGCUGCCAAGCGUAACGUGAAAGCCUAUGUCGUACUCUCAUCAUCCGAAAUUUACGAUAGUGAUCAGGGCGCUUCCACAGAAGAUGGAUCGAUCAAGCCAUGGACCGCCAUUGCAAAGUACAAAUACAAGGCCGAGCAAGAAUUGAGCAAGAUGGAUGGAUUGAAUCUCAUUAUUCUACGACCCGCAUUGGUGUAUGGUCCCGGCGCAUUAUUAGGAUUGACACCACGCCUUAUCAUUGGACGCGUUUACCAGUACCUUAACGAGGAGAUGAAGCUCUUAUGGUCAAAGGACUUGAAACUCAACACUGUGCAUGUGGAUGAUGUUGUGCGUGCAAGUUGGCAUGUGGCUGUUUGGUAUGCUGAGAAUCACAAGGAGGGUGACAAGGUCCCAGUGUUCAAUUUGGCUGAUAAGCAAGAUACCGACCAGGAAACGAUCAAUGAGCUAUUGCAAUCCAUUUUUGGGAUCAAGACAGGAUACUAUGGAAGUGCCAUCUCAAGCUUUGCCAAGCUCAACCUUUCCUCGGUAACGGAAGAGGUGAAUGAAAAGCAUUUAGCACCUUGGGCCAAGUUGUUGAAGGAGUCCAACAUCCUGACAUCGCCAUUAUCACCCUACCUGGAUGAGGAGCUUUUGUACAAUAAUGCCCUUUCGGUGAAUGGUACCAAGAUUGAACGCGACACUGGAUUUACAUAUACCGUUCCUUACCUUACAAAGGAAAGACUUGUCGAGAUUGUCGAUUAUUACAAGGCGCUUGACGUAUGGCCUGCCGACAACAAAUAA